UCCUCCCCAGCAUUGAUAGGAAUUGGAUCUGCGAAUAACAUCGCUUCGCUUUCUUGGCGGCUGAAGAGCAUUCACCCCUCCAUAAUGACUGUUCUGACCUCAGAAAGCGGUACAACCGAAGUAGUGACCGUCCGGAGGACUGAGUCUCUUGAUGUCCAUGGCAUCUCCGAGCUUAAAACUGUCUUCACUCAGCGAGUCUUUGGAAAUGUGAACGUUAUAUACUUACUUGAAAAGUCCAACCUGGCUGUGACCAUCAGUGACGAGAAGAACAGCGUCCUUGCUCAUGCGGCUUUUCUGGACUAUCCGAGCUGGGAUGUCACAGACCAAGUGGAAUGGGAAAAUUGGGUGUAUGGAAACUUUGAAGAGACUGACAAAUGCACACCCCUGAACACUUUAUUUCUACAUCUCUUUGUUUCAAAAGAUGAAUUUUCAGUACAGAGCAUCAAAGAGAUCAUGAGGGCUGUGUUUAAUGCGGUUGCAGAUCUCCAUUUUAUAUGUCUCGUCGCUCCACACAAAGUUGCUUUGACUCCUGCCUUAGCAUCUGUAUUUGAACCUGUCGGGACCAUUCCAGGGUCACAAGCUACUGAGAAAUUGUACAUUUGUCCCAGACACAGGCACUGUCCCCAACUCCAUAUCCGGACAGCUAGGGUAGAAGAUCAUGACGACCUUAUACAAAUUUUUAUGCGCCACAAUGAUACCCUGAAAGCUACUUACGGAGAAUACUUCCUGGCAGAACUUAUCAAGGCGCAGGAUGAGCACAACCAUGCCGUUGUCUGUGAGGACCAAGGCUGCGCUGUGGGUUUCAUGAGUGUAUGCUCUGAGGUCAAUGUCCAGCUGCUGCAAGAUUCGUUUGAUCUGGGGCCCUUCCAUGGUUUGUGUAAGCCUCAUCCGGAUGAUGUUCUGCAGACAACAGAGGAAACAGCUUCUGAAAAAGGAGAUAUAAUGCUAAGCAGACAAACAAGUCAAAGGUCAGGAUCCAAAUUAUCCCAGCUGUCAGACGUCAUAAGUGUUCAGGAGACAGAUGAGAAGGUUGAUCUAAACCAGGAGCCUGGAAUAACAUUGAACUCUGAAACCAAUACAACAGAGACUGUCCAAGGACAGAAUGAAUUACAGUCAUUGCAGCAGAAAGGCACACUGAGCAGAGCUUCCAGUACAGAUGAUGCCAUCAGAGGUGUGAAUUGCAAGACCCCAGAGACACCAAGCACAGAAGAAGAGAGGCAGCCCUUCCGCCCUGUGUACAAAGGAGAUGUCACUGCCUUCUGCAUACAGCUGUUUUGCAUUGAUGAAAAGCAUGAAACAAGGUCCAUAGAUUUUUUGAGUCAUGUCUUUGGUCUGUUUCCCGAUAAAGAGUUCUGCAUCAUCACCGUUCCUCACCUCACCCCUGAAUUUCCCCUGCUUCAGAGCUUUGUGAGAGCCGUGCCUCUGAGUACAUGCACUUUGCCUCAGGAGCUUUAUAUUUUCCACCGUGCUGGCUUGAUCAACUUAUUACAGGUGAGGGCAGCAAAGUCCAGUGAUGUGCCGGCGGUAGAGAAGCUCAUAGAAAGCCUACAUCUCCGUAAAAGCAUAUUAGAUGACCUAAAAGUCUACAAUGAAGCUCGAAGGGAUGCUGAUGGGACACCCGUGCAGGCGUUUGUUGUGGAAGCAGCUGACCAGAUCGUUGGCAUUGCUGUCUUCAGAAAUGAAGCGGACAUUGAGUACAUUCGAUCCCACUAUAACAUUGAAGAUUUUAUCUACUUCAGUCAUCAUCAGCGGGAUGAGCACGGACAUCUCCAUCAUUAUGCUCUCAGCCCCAUAUUUAAGCACUACAGCAGGCAUUUCCUGAAAGAGAUUCUCCGUUUAUCCCACAAGUCCUCUCUAUAUUAUCCUGUAUACCCAUCAUAUGACAAAGAUCAGUUUAAGAAUCCCUGCGCCCAUUCACUGACAUCUGCCCUUCAUUACAUGGUUCCCGUGCGACCAAGACGACAGAUUGUCUACCCUCUGGAAAAGCUUGGCAUAAACGCUCCAUCAAAGCAGGUCUCCAAGGAUCAGCCGCCUUAUGCAUUGUACCACAUCAAUCGGAAGCUUACCUUGGAGCCAAAAGCAACCAUCAAUGCCCGUAUUGUAGUAGUGGGCGCAUCUGAUGUCGGAAUAGCUUUCCUUGAAACGCUUGUGUUUUGCCCACAUCUAAAGUUCAACAACAUCACCUUGAUUUCCACCCACGGCCUUCCAGGAAAUUCCAGUUGUACGGACCAAUCAUUUCUUUCCAGCAGCCACUGUUAUAAUGAUAAAGAUUAUGCCCUGAUGUCACUUCGAUCCUGGGUUAAUGUUGUGGUUGGUAAAAUGACUGGCGUAGACAGAGCUGCCAAGUUUGUGAUUGUUUCCAAUGAUAGAAAAGUACCAUAUGACCAUCUAAUUCUUUGCACUGGGCAGCAGUACCAGGUCCCUUGCCCCAAUGGAGUUGAUAUUGCGGAGCUUUUAACAAACCAAGACGUCCCAGACUGCUCCAAGAAGGUAUAUACGGGGAAAAUUCCUUCAAAUGUAUUUACUCUACACGAUGGUGAAGACUGCUCAGCAGCGAUGAACUGGCUGAAAGAGAAUGUACUAAACCAAAAAGGCAAUGUGAUUGUAUAUGGGAACACGCUUGAUAGUUACACCACAGUUGCUACCCUCAUGUCGUUGGGAAUUGGAGGGUCUCGCAUCCAUUUUGUACAGCCUCCACUUACGUCAAAUGUCACUUGCUUUAACAAUUACGCCAUCGAAGAAGCCAUCCAGAAAGGGUUAUCGGCAGCCGGUGUGACAACCUACUACAACUGUAAGCUGGCACGGUGGAAUGAUGGCGAAGAUCCAGAACCUAUAUGUUGUGCAUCAUUCACUACUGAUUCAAAACCACUGAAGCUAUCAUGUGUAGCAUUCUUUAAUUUUUUGGGGAAGAAAGUGGACUAUGAUGCAUUUAAGGCCAUUAACAGUGCAUGCCUGGUGUAUGAUGGAAGGCUGGUUAUUGAUACUGCCUUUCACACAAAUGAUUCCUCUAUAAGGGCAGCAGGACCACUGACCAAGUACUCCAAUAGAUAUUAUGUUAAUGAGUGGUCUCCCAGCUACUUCAGCUCCAAGGAGAUCGGCGUUCAGCUGGCUGCUACCAUGCUGUCUCUUUUUGACCCAACACUUGAACCUAUGAGAGAACCAUCUCAGGAGUGUGACAGACUCAUCCCAAUCUAUAAAGGACCUACCAUUCAAGGUGGUCUUCUUCCUGGUGGUUAUUACUAUUUACAUGUCGCCGAACCUGCAAUUCCAUCUCCUUUACAAGCUCAGAUGGCACAGCCAAAUUAUGGACAAGAAAUCAUAACUGGCAAAGCAAUUAAUGGAGAUUACUUCCGGCUGCACAUCAACCAGUACAGUAUGGUGGAAGCUAUAACCUGUUUAUCUCUGAAGCCUUUUCCUGCAUCCAAUCUCAUAUGUCUGUACGGACAGCACGAACGGCUUCUGAAUAACCUAUGCUCUCGUUUUAAAGAAGGACUCAUCCAAGACCUCUACAGCUACUUCAUGGAAGCGUGGUGCAUGGCCAUCUAUCACGAUCGCUUUAUUGAUUUCCAGCAAGAGGUGCACGAAAUCCUGGCGUCCAAGAAAGUGCAGAACCAGCCUUCCAUGAAGGAAUUAGUUCAGAAGGUCACAGAUGAUGAACUCAACCUUGCGGAAACCCCCAAAAAAUACCUGAGACGCGUACUUGAGCAAAGUGGAUACAAAAAUGACAUAGAGAAGAGAAUCCUGAACUACCUUAAUUACAACAGCAACCACUUGUCCAUGUUUGCAAGGCCUGGGAUUGUAUAG